AUGGCAUGUUACCCUGCCGAAGCAUUUUCAAAAGGCAUCUGUCAGAAAACCAACAGGAACGGAAGACCGGCACCCCUGUACCUCGCCGGAGCUUACCCCACGCGCUCUCCCGGAGGCUUCGGUAGUCGGUCCGGCAUCCCAAACGGGCAAAUGGAGACUCAUCCGGCCUUGAGGCCAUCCCAGAUUGAGCGUCCCGGCCGACUACCGGCAUCCACACUCCGAUUGAAGAGAGGAAACGACGGGCCUCUUGCUGUUUGUCCAUGGCUGACCCCUGCUCUUGGGAGCAGGGGCCAAUUGCGUGCUGAGCCGGCGACGACAAACUGGUUAGAGCUGUUUUCUCCUAUGGUAUUUUUCCACUCCUAUCUAAAUCGGGAGAUGCAGAGUCUUGAGUUUGCUGUUUAG